UUUCUGUUCUCCACAGCUCUCCUCCCUGCAGAGAAUGAGUUUGAGACACAUGGAGAAUAUGGCUUUACACCAUUCAAGUCCUCCAGGAGCACAGAGAACAUCCUGGAAGCCAUGGAUCCUCUACUCCACAAUCAUUUUUUUCCUAUUGCUUUGCUCCUUCAGCACACUGGUCUUUACUCUUCUCCCAUUCAAGACUGUCAAUGAACACUGUGCAGCUAAAUUUGGACCAUUACCUUCAAAAUGGCAAACGACAUCUCAUGAGCCUCCUUGCGUGGAUGAGAUAGCUGAUUGGAAGCUGAAGAUACGUCAGAGUGGCUUGUAUUUAAUUUAUGUCCAGGUGGCGCCUAAUACAACCUACAACGAACCAGCUCCCUUUGAGGUGCGGCUAUAUAAAAACGAAGGCAUCAUACAAACUCUAACAAACAACGCUGCCAUCCAAAAUGUAGGAGGGACUUAUGAAUUACAUGCUGGAGAUACAAUAGACUUGAUGUUCAACUCUGAACAUCAGGUUCUAAAAAAUAAUACAUACUGGGGGAUCUUCCUGAUAGCAAACCCUCAAUUCAUUUCCUAGAGUCUUGAAUUGGUCUCCUCAUCCUCUUCAGCCUAUGCAGAGAUGCUGAACUGGGGUUUGGAGGAGGCAGAUUUUCAAGGCCUACAGUUUGUCUGGGUGCACAAAUCAACACAACAAACAGAACUCUUCUGCAUGUGAAUUUUCCUCUCUCAUUCUUGUUCGAAAGAGACUCGGAGGAAGGGCCAAUGACAUUUGGUUACCCCAGACACUGGGUUGACAAAGACACUACCAAUCCAUGAUAAAAUGAAUAUGGGUGGCUAGAGGACAGAGCUUCUCCAAGAGUCUUUGUCUAAUCGUUGAAUCCAUGGGUAGGAAAAUCAGGUCUUCUUCCCGUGAGAGUCUUACCUGUAUGCAAAACAAUCCUGGACCGUCAUCCUGCCUUGCUCUCAAAUUCUUGAGUUGUUUCCCUUUACUCUUCCCAUACUCCCAUCUUCUGAGACCCUCCUAAUAAAAAGUAGUGAGACUGGUAGGAUGCCCACAGAUAUGCGAACCACACUCCACUUCAGAUGCGAUGAUAUUAGAGGAUGGAGAACACUCUCGGGAGCUAUUGGGGCCCAGGCCCAGGUGGCAUGGGAUGGAAUGCACUUUAUUUGGGAAUUUCCCUGGAUUUCAUCAUACUCAGGAUGCAGGGUGCUUUAGAAAGCCAGUAGGUCGAACGGGUCAUUUUGAACCUUCACAUAGGGCUUUACGACAACUCAUUGUUUGUGGGUCUAAACACUAUCAGUGGUAAAGACAGAGUAAGCAUUAGGAAUCACAAGAUCUCACCCCAGAAAUUGGUACUACCAGUGCUGUAUAAUGUCAAUGGAAGGAUUUCCUAUUUGUAGCUAGCUCUCCAGAGUUUACAAAGUGUUUCCACAUUAUCACAUGGCAACUCCGUAACGUUAAUGGGGCAGGUACUUGGAGCACAAUUUUAACAAUGAGAAUAUGGAGGCAGAUGGAGCAUAGAUAACCUGCCUCCACCCACAGAACUAGUGAUUGAUGGGGUCGAUGGACUUCCCACUUUAUAUAUUAUACAUCUAGAAAGUUCAGCAGGUUCAGUUUUCAGGAGGCGUACUCCCUUUCAGCCCAACGUGGGUGGAGAGAAACCACAACAGAUCUCUCCUUUCUCAGCAAAUUUCUUCUCUUUUCCCUGCCUGGAGCAGGGAGCACAUGGGUGUUUCUCAGGACUUACUCCAACCAAAUUCCUUCCUCACUUGGCAGAGGUCAAAUGUGUUAACUUCUACAAAUUCAAUUCAAUAACAGGCUACUAAGAUUUGGACUCUGUUAAAUUAAUAAGCUGCUUGCGGGUUCUUGUUCUAUCUAAUAUGAUUACAUGUUAACCCAAUUUAAAAUAUUUAUGGAUAUUUGUAAAAAGCUACAUUAUGUUAAUUAAUAGUAUCACAUAUAACGCUAAUUUAAAAAUAUAUGUA